AUGCCUAGAAAGGAGUCCCCAUUUGAUUUGCAGACUUGCGCUCGUCUGAAUAUCCUCCAAUUGGAACCAUACCGUUGCGCUAGAGAUGAUUACAAGGACGACGGCACGAACAUCCUCCUUGAUGCCAACGAGAACGCCUACGGACCCUCCCUCGCCCCAAACAGUUCUUCGAAUCCCUCCAACCCCUCUGAGGAGCCCUCAAUCGACUUCCUCGGCCUAAACCGAUACCCAGACCCCCACCAGCAUAACCUGAAGCAACUCCUCUGCAACUUGCGAAAUACACACAUACAUACCUCUAAAACACUUACUCCGGCGAACCUCUUUGUAGGCGUCGGCAGCGAUGAAGCGAUCGACGCGCUCCUGCGCUGCUUCUGCGUGCCCGGCCAGGACAGCAUUCUUGUUUGCCCACCCACGUACGGGAUGUACUCAGUGUCCGCACAAGUCAACGACGUAGGCCUAGUGAAGAUCCCAUUACUCCCCGCACCGGACUUCGCCCUCGAUAUACCAGCCAUUAUAUCUACACUCUCUUCUUCAGAAGCCGCAAGUAUCAAGCUGAUAUACAUUUGCUCGCCUGGGAAUCCCACAGGGUCUUUGAUUGGGAAGGAGGAUCUACGGCAAGUCCUUGAGCACCCGAGUUGGAAUGGGGUUGUGGUCUUAGAUGAGGCGUAUAUUGAUUUUGCGCCCGAGGGCUCGUCGCUUGCGGAAUGGGUUCUGGAAUGGCCGAAUUUGGUGGUUAUGCAGACUCUGUCGAAAGCGUUUGGGCUUGCGGGUAUACGGCUCGGAGCUGCUUUCACGUCGCCGGCUAUUGCGUCGUUAUUGAAUAACUUGAAGGCCCCGUAUAAUGUUAGUAGUCCAACGACUGCGAUUGCGUGUCAGGCAUUGCAGGAGGGUGGGCUGAGUGUUAUGAGAAAGAAUCGGGAGAGUAUCUUGGCCCAGCGAAAUAGGCUGUGGAAGGAGCUGCCGAAAGUCAAAGGAGUGGGCAGGUUUAGGGGUGGAACUGCUAGUAACUUUCUACUGGUUGAGAUCUUGGAUAUAGCAGGGCAGCCUGAUAAUUUAACUGCUCUAAAGGUAUACCAGAUUCUAGCAACAGAUAAAGGGGUCGUAGUGAGGUUCAGAGGCAAGGAGCAAGGGUGUUUGGGAUGCUUGCGCAUCACGGUUGGGACGGAGAAAGAAAUUACAAGGUUUUUGAAUGAGAUCCAGGGUGUGCUUGAGCAUAUAUAUGAGCGGAAAUGA